ACAAUAGAGGGAAAACACUGUGGGGUCCUGCCUGCCUGCUGUAACGUCUUCUUCUGCACCAUUCAUCGCGCGCGCUUCUCCAGUUCAACACCAACCGAAGAACUAGCACCUGCUGCUCUGCAGGAGUAAUUCGAGUGCCGUGUGCGGGCUUUAUUUCAGUGCCCGAAAUGGACCGCUGCAGGCUCAUUUUCAGCCUCUUUCUCAUGAUGUACAGUUCCUGCUCGGGCCACGUCCUCGGUGACGAAUGCAACAGCGAUUGGGAAUGCAAAGAGCACAUUUCCGGAUCGAUAUGUCACCGAGGGAGGUGUCUUUGUCAGCCCUUCUUCGCCAGACUCAACCAAACGGCCUGCGUCCAAUCAACUUUGCUUGGAUAUGACUGCGUGGUCCCUGAACAGUGCUCCCUCAAGGUCGCCAAUAGCAGUUGCUUGGACGGGACGUGCCGUUGCGUCGACGGAUUCCUGCAGUUCCGGAAGCACACUUGUCUAGGACCUGCCCGUCCCGGAAACGUCUGCUACAGCAACGCCCACUGCCGCCUCUGGACCGCCGACAGCCACUGCGACUUCCUCAUCCCCAACUUAUUCGGUCGCUGCCAAUGCAACUCUCCCUUCCGCCAAGUUGGCGACUCCUGCGUCCGAUCCGCAUUCCAGACCAAACCUCCAACCACAACCACGACCGAAUCCAUCGAUUUCAACCUCAUCGGCAAAAACGAACCGCCAACAACCAUCAAAACCACCACGAAGACCACCACCACGCCCAAACCAACAACAACCGUGCCGCCGGCCACCACCGGGAUACGCACCCGCGUGGACGACGCCGCCGAAGCCGUCAGCUUGGGGCUUCCGUGCGUGACGGACCUCCAAUGCCGCGCCGCCGACCCCUCCUCCAGGUGCCUGGACGGGGUGUGUGACUGCGCCGUGCGCAGCAACACCACGGGCUGCUCCGCCAGGACCCGGGGCUGCCCUCCCGGGACGUUCCAGUGUCGGAGCACCGGGACCUGCAUCUCGUGGUUUUUUGUCUGUGACGGACGCAAAGACUGUCCGGACGGCUCCGACGAGAUGUGUCGGGGGCCCCAGUGCCCCCAGGAGGCCUUCAAAUGCAAGACCAAGUGCAUAUCGCGCGCCGGACGCUGUGAUGGGGUUAAAGACUGUCCGGACGGCGAAGACGAGGAGGAUUGCCAGGCCACCAGGAAGCGACGCUGUCCUCCUCACACGUUCCAAUGCGGCGAUGGCAAGUGUCUCCCGGAGUACGAGUUUUGCAACGCUAUAAUUGGGUGUAGUGACGGCAGCGACGAACCGGCGCACAUCUGCAGAGGACGGGCACGGAGACGGCUCUCGGAGUAUUGUCCUCUGCGAUGCGGAAACGGAAGGUGCAGGUCGAGUGCCAUCGCAUGUUCAGGGAGAGACGGCUGUGGAGAUGGCACAGAUGAGAGGAACUGUGCCGUUUGUAGGUGUCCCAUCGUGCAAGGGAGGAACUUAUAGUUACAACACGUCCAGCAACACUCUCUGUAAAAUGCCAAAAACUUUGUAUAUUAUCUCAACCAGCGACUUGUAGUGUAGACUAGUGGUAGAUUCUAUCAGUUAUAACAAAAGUAUUAUUUAUGUAAUUUAAGUUAACGCUCAAAAUAUAUCUGUUAGAAAUAAAUAUUUAUUUACUUGUAACAGUUAAGUAUAAUAAAAUUUUGACAAAACCAAAGUGUAAUACAAUUAUGCUUUAAUAAAGUGAAAUUCCUCUA